AUGUCCGAACCUACCAAAUCUACCGAAUCUACUAAACCUGCCGAGCCUACCUCUUCUCCCAUCAAGACUCGAAUCGCCAAUUUAUUCCGUCGUGGUAACACUGACGGUGGAGACGAUACCGACACACCUCUACGCGACCUUUUCAAGAAAAAGGACAAAAAGCGUAAAGACGACAGCGUUGGCGACAACCCAGAGGCUCCGGCCGCCAAACGUCCUGCCACUGGGCCACCGGGACUCGGGAGAGCUAUACGUACAUUAUCGUCCAGGGCAGCAAAUCAGAAUCCAGCACCAGGGGAUCCCAGGCCAGAAACCGAGGAAGAUCCCGAGACAAGCCUCCCCACGUUACCUACCACUCCCAGAAGUGCUCGGGUGAUCGCCAGUAGGAUUAGUGCGAGUAUGAAUCCAGACCGAGUUCAGGUAUCAGGCAAAACACCCACGAAGAAAAUGAUCUCGGAAUAUCAAACGAAGGGGGCUGAGUUUGAACGCUGGAUGGCCAACCCGACCAUGAAUACGCCUCCAUGUCCAGUGGUCCAGUCUACGGUAACCAUGGCCGAUUUAACCUGCGACAUUGGCGCCAAUAAGGCAGAAUUUGAUGUAUGGCAAUCUGAGUUGGUUGCGCCACCGAAGGAACUCAGAGAGAAUCUUCAAUCGACAAAUCUUCCAAGGGAUCCGACAAAGAAGACCUGGAUAUAUUCAGUUUUACAGCGCAGUGGGCUAAACAAGGUGUCGCAUUACCAGCAUUACAUCGUGACAGGUGCUAUCGUUGCUAGCGAUAUUCAUAGAAGGAAUACGGGAACCCAGUGGGCUGACAUUGCUAUAGCUUUAUAUAAACAUGCGGCCGAAAUCGACACUCUCCGAUAUAUUUACUACACAACAGUUGAGAAUGAAGAGACCCUUCCACUGGUGAGAAAGGAGCUCUACCCAAGAAACAAUCUUCCUAGUCCCAAUAGUAAAGUUUCUCCUGCACCUGUCGAAACUUGGCAGUUUGGUGCUGCUGGAUUCCGGGCAAUCCUGGGAUCACAACUAGGAAGAGCAACGGGGCGUCUUGUUCUAGCGGCUUGGCCACGAGGUACGCAUCAGAUCUCUAGAAUCCAUACUUGGUUUUGGAGAGAUGAUCUACAUAUGCGGUUCGAUAUUGAGCGUAUUGUACAGAAAGACAAGGCGAGAAAGAAGCCAGGCUUAUUUGAUUCAACAACUACCAAAGGAAAAGGAAAAGGGAAGGGAGGAGCAGCUAAGUGA